UGAUCAAAUGAUGACCAAUUUUAAUGAUAAUAAACAUCCAUCGACAACAACAACAACAACAACAACGGCAACACCAAGACCAUUACCAUUACAGAUAAUGAAUAAAAAACCACCUGAUAAUACUAUUACAACAAAAAAUCAAACAAAUAAUCAAUCAGGUCAGAAUAGAUCUGAUUUCUGGACUGAAACAACAAUAACAACAACAACAGGAAAGAAAAAUAUCGAUUUUAAUGAGAACACGCCGGAAAUACAGAUCGAUCUGGCUGGUCCACGUACACCAAGUCCUGUAGAAGAAACGAGCUUUGAAUUACCACCACCACAGAAAAGAAAAUAUAAAUUUAAAGUUAAAACAAAUGAUGAUUCACAAGAUGAACAAAACAAACAAACAAUGACAGACUGA